AUGGCUCGCUCUUCAUUCGCGUUGUUGAUGGUGACAGUGGCUCUCCUCGCCGCCUCCGCCUUCUCCGACGACAAGGCUAAGGUUGCCUCAUCCACCUCCUCCCAAUCACCAUCAUCCACUCCACCACCCUCAUCAAACCCAGCAGCAGCUGCCAAGACACCAUCCGCCACGCCGGCAGCGACCCCAGCCGCCACCCCAGCAGCGACCCCAUCCGCCACCCAAGCAGCGACCCCAUCCGCCACCCCAGCAGCGACCCCAUCCGCCACACAAGCAGCGACCCCAUCCGCCACCCCAGCAGCGACCCCAUCCGCCUCCUCUGAGGCUCCCAAGUCCUCGGCUUCAUCAACCUCUCCGUCCUCCGCCCCCACCACCUCCUCCUCCUCCUCCUCCCCAUCCAGCUCUCCAUCAUCCGACUCUCCACCCUCACCACCCACCUCCACUCCCGCCUCCGGCCCAUCCACCUCCGACGUCACAUCUUCCGCUCCUACUGAGUCGACUACGUCUGCUGAGGCUCCCGCCCCAUCUGGUGCAGCCGUGAACAGAGGCUUCUCUGCCGGUUCCGUGGUCGCCGUCGUCAUCGCGGCGUCGUUUUUGGCCUAGAUUUGUUUUGCGGACGAGGCCUUUAUCCGCUGGUUCGGUCACCGAGAGAGAGAUGCAGCAGGCGGAUCUUGAGUUUCGUAUAUUAGCGGGUAGAAUUUAACUACUAUUUUUGGUUUUUUAGUUUUUUUCAAUAAGGUGGAUUCUUAUUGGUGAUGGAGAUAUUAUUUGGACGGUGUUGAUUUGAUCGGACGGUGUUUCUACGGCAGAUGAUUACUCCAUCGGCCUUAAUUAUUAAUUAUAAUUAUUAUUAUUAACUUCAUCAUUACUGUUGCUAAUGAUGAUGACUAUGGAGAUUCUUUUGUUAUGAUCCAAUGAUAUAUAUUAAUUAUAUUUAA